AUGGCGUCUUUCCCGCAUUUCGGCACAUCUGCUAUCCAUGUCGGACAGGAGCCAGAACAGUGGGACAUGAAUCAGGUCGUCCCACCCAUCAGCCUCUCCACCACCUACAAACAAGACAGACCAGGGGAGCCGAAGGUGCAUGACUACUCGCGAGCCGGCAAUCCGUCGCGCGAUGUCCUUCAGAAGAAUCUCGCCUCUUUGGAAGACGCCAAGCAUUGCUAUGUCUAUUCAUCGGGUUUGGCCGCUUCAAUGGCGAUCAUCAAUAUGCUGAAGUCUGGCGAUCACAUCAUUUGCUCCGAUGAUGUCUACGGUGGAACCCAGCGACUCAUUCGUCUCGUUUCGGUGCCGAAUCACGGCCUUCAAGUCGACUUCGCCGAUUUGACGAACAUCGCGAAUCUCGAGCGCGCCAUCAAGCCCAACACGAAAAUGGUGUGGUUCGAGUCGCCGUCGAAUCCGCUGCUCAAAGUCGUCGACAUCGCCGCCGUCGUGCAGGCCGCCAAAACCGCGAAUCCGCAAAUCGUUGUCGUCGUCGACAACACGUUCAUGUCGCCGUAUUUCCAGCGUCCGAUCAGUCUCGGCGCCGACGUCGUCGUUCACUCCAUCACCAAGUACAUCAACGGCCAUUCGGAUGUGGUGAUGGGCGCCGUGGUGACCGACAGCGACGAAAUUCAACAGCAUCUCUUCUUCCAGCAACUAGCCGUCGGCGCGGUUCCGUCGCCCUUCGACUGCUUCCUCGUCAAUCGAGGUUUGAAGACGUUGCAUCUUCGAAUGAAGCAGCAUUAUGAGAAUGCGCUAGCGAUUGCCAACUAUCUUGAAGCCAACGAUCGCAUCGAAUCCGUCCUCUAUCCAGCUCUUCCGUCGCAUCCCAACCACGAAGUGCACAAGAAGCAGACGAAAGGAAUGUCGGGAAUGAUCUCGUUCUACCUGAAAGGCGGCCUCGAGGAGAGUCGGACGUUCCUCAGCGCUCUCAAGGUGUUCACGUUGGCCGAAUCGUUGGGCGGCUACGAAUCGCUCGCCGAGCUUCCAGCGAUCAUGACGCACGCUUCGGUGCCGGAGGCGGUUCGAAAGGAGUUGCGCAUCACCGACAAUCUCAUUCGGAUUUCCGUCGGCAUCGAGGAUCUCGACGAUCUCGUCGCCGAUUUGGAUCAGGCAUUGAAGGCGGCGAUUCCGAAGAUCUAA